CGCGUCCGUACCGAACGUAAGCACGUUUCCGCGCCAAAAUCGUGUUCGAACUUUAACUCGCGAUGUGAUUUGUUUUUAAUUUCAGCCGUUAAAAAAGGAAUAUAUAGUUUUUAAAAACAAAAAGGUUUUAUAGUGUAGAGGUGACUGUGACUGUAUUUUAUCUAGUUAUGAAAAUAAUAAAGCCAUAUUAUAUUUUGUACGUAAAAAAAUAAGACAAACUUUAAUAAUGUUCGUGGUUUAAUAAUUAGGUAUGAAUUGUUUGGUGAAAUAAGAGAUAUUACGAAAAUGAAGAUGAACUGGAACUCUAUCACAGCAUUAUUUGUGCUGCUUUUCGCAAAAAGUAUUGAUGCGGUACAGCGGUUUGUGGAGAUGCCAACGUAUACUGAGGUGAAUCCUGGAGAGGACGCAUUGCUCAAGUGUCGAAUAUCUGACAAGAAAGGUGUUUGUUCAUGGCAGAAAGAUAAUAAGCCAGUGGGUAUAUACCGCGGGAAAUAUGAGUGGGCCAAUGAAAAUAGUCCUGUUGGAGGUGACUGCUCGUUGUGGGUCCGCGCAGCGACACUGCAAUUGGAUGAUGGACAAUGGCAGUGUCAGGUCACAGCUAGCAACUACGAUGUUCAGGACGCUCUAUCCAGUCCUCCGGCGGCAUUAGCAGUCCGAGUACCUCCACAAUCACCAAGAAUACUCUUCAAUGGGUCGCAUGUGAUGCCGGGCCAAAACAUCACAGUACCAGCCGGCUCCAGGGCUACUGUCGUGUGUGAAGCUAGAUAUGGAAACCCGCCUGCGUACAUCGAGUGGUAUUUAGAAAAAGAAAGAUUAACAGCGUGGAGUCAGACAAAUGCAUCAGAGGUGGAGCGGCCGAGGGUUUGGGCGGCGCGGUCGGUCCUCGAGCUGGGUGCCACUAGGUCUGCCCACGGUCGCCAGUUGGCGUGUCGAGCUCAUCACCCCUCGUACCCUGCGCCAUACUAUCGAGACUCUUACACUAUGCUAGAUGUGACAUUCGCUCCAGUGGUCUCUAUAAAUGGCGCCGAUCCGAGCGUGUUGGCGAGCUUGGAAGAAGGCUCGAGUGCUCUCACCCUGGAGUGCAGAGCUGAUGGAAACCCUAAGCCGUACGUGUGGUGGACCAGGAACGGACAGGUCAUAGCCACUAAUGGACCGAAACUCAUCUUGGCUCCUGUGUCAAGGAAUCAUACAGGAAUCUAUGGAUGCCAAGCAAGAAAUUCAUUGGGUACUUCGGAUUCUGUGAAAAUCGAGAUUGAUAUCAAAUAUCCACCACGAGUGACGUGGGUGGGACCAGAUACAGUGGUGGAAGCGAAUUUGUUCUCCCAAAUCACAUUGGAGUGUAAAGCUGAGGGAAACCCAUCUCCAAGUUACCAGUGGUAUCACAACCCUGCAGGUUCUCCUGCGCAGUUGGCGGCGGCAGCAGACGGGUACCCACUAUCAUCAACGCCACAAUUGCAGCUGCAGAACGUAUCCUACUCUCAACAUGGACGCUACACCUGCGUCGCUACCAACCAUAUCGGUACAGAAGAGAGGACGCAUCAGUCGGAGCCCGUAACGCUGAACGUGCUGGGCCCGCCGGUGGGCGCGGAGCUGGGCUCGGGCACCGCCCACGCGUGGACCGGCGGCGAGGCGCGCCUGCACGCCGCCGUGUGCGCCGACCCCCCGCCCAGGAAGGCUGUGUGGCUGUGGGGCAGUCUGCGGCUAGACGUGCCCUCGCAGAUAGGUCGAUUCCGUGCGCUGGAGCCGACGGCCGCCGGCGCUGGCGGCUGCUACCGGUACGCGCUGCUGGUCACCGGCGUGGGCGACGCGGACGCGCGCCUCUACGUGCUGCACGUGGAGAACGAGCGCGGGUUCUCUUCCCACGCGGUCUCGCUCAUAGUGCACGCAACUGUUGGAACAGAGACGGCCCACGUGGCGCCGCUGAUCGCGGCCGCGCUGGUGAUCGCCGCGCUGCUGGUGCUGGUGCUCUGUCUCGUGCUGCGCUGCCGCCGACGGAGAGAGAGCGUUGAAUACAAGACUGAUGAUUUAGAUAACGAGAAAAGCGUACUUCCGGCGGAUGCGGUGUACGCGCCGCGCACGAGCGGCAUGCCGGCGACCCCCGCGCACGUGGCGCCCCCCGGGGCCCACGCGACCCACGCGACCCACGCGACCCACGCGCCCCCCGCGCCCCCCGCGCGCUACUCGCCCGCCGCGCUGCAGGUGCGGCGCGCGGCCGUCGUGCUGCAGCCUCCCACCACCGUGUGAUGCACAGGCAGCACUGUCGUCGCUGGAAAGAGAAGCCAAAGAGAAUGUCUAUGCGGUCCUAGACCCGCAUAUUCAAUAUGAAAUAACAAUAAAUAAGAAUGGGGAACCGCCUAAGUAUUUGUCGCUGUCUAAGCCCCUAACACACCAAAGAACGCAUGCUUUUGACCCGCAGAAAAUAGCAGCAAGCAAUGAAAUUAAUAAUAAUGAUUAUAACGAAAACCGAUUCUCAACAUUUAAGGCUGGCCCACCAAAAGCUAGGAGAUCAAAUAGAAAUAAGGAAUCAAAGGUCAAUCCAUUUGAACAAAGUUAUGUUUGUAAGUCAAAUAAUGAUAUAGAAUACUCCAAAGAUCCUUUCUUUGGUAUCGCCAGAGGAAAUAAUAUAAAAGAUACCAUUGAUAUUAAGCAAAAUUUUAGAAACAACGAAAACAGAAGUUCAAAAAACUAUUCGCGUAUGUAUGAAAGGAAUAAUUCUGGUAAAAAAGAUAAA